UUAGGGUCAAUGAACUUACCUUUGAAAUCACUAAGAGUUUCAAGAAAGGAGAUAUUAGAUAAGAACUCGAUUAAGAAUGAGAAAAUAGAAUUUUCUUCAAAACCUACCAGCUAUUUGCCAGCGAUGAAGAAAAUGAGCAUCCAGAACGAUCCACCUGAGACAGGCCUCGUUCACCCCAUAUUUUCAUUUUGAGAUAAAUAAAAUUGUAGUUAGCAAGAAACAUGAUAAAUUGAGAGGCUCUAUAGACCUUAGCCAAAGUUUUAGUUUUGAUAAUAUCGAUAACCGGCUGGGAAAUUACAGCGGUAAAGUAAAACCUCGACUUGAGAGAGAAAGGAAAGAGAAUAUGAAAUUUAAAGUUAACUUUAAGAUGCCUAAACAAGUUCUUCGAAGCAAUUUAGAAAUCAUUAGGGACAUCAAGCACAGGAUGGGAUACUAAUUCUGCUCCUCUGCGUUACACAUGCUGAAUAAACUACAGGAAGCAU